AUGGAGACGGAGAUGUCCGAAAGUGAAGAUGUAAGUGUUGAAAUACCGGAAGGUGAUCAACCAGAACCAACAAACAAUGUUAACCAUGGCUUUGCCCGGGAAUGGGAAGGUUGCCUUCAAGACGAUGAGACCACCCAACGUUCAGAACGCAAACGAAAAAUGGAGAAAGUACCGCCAUUGCUCUUAAAAGGCAAAAAAGGUCGAAGAAACCGCCAAUGCUACCAACCAACGGUGGUUUCACUUGGCCCUUACCACCAUAAACGAGACGACCUCGCCGUAGGUGAGAAAUACAAGCUCGUAACGCUCGAGGAGUAUCGCUUGAGCUGUGGAACUUCCAUGGGUUCGUUAUACAACAAGGUAUUCGAAGUUGUACACGAUGCUAGAAAGUGUUAUAUCGAUGGUUCUGCAGAUGAAUACAAUGAUGAAGAGUUUAAUCGAAUGAUGUUGCGUGAUGGUUGCUUCAUUUUGUUCUUUAUAGAGUGUGUUGCUAAUCGUCCGAACACUUUGUUGAUGCUAAAUAAUGAGUAUUUAGGGGCAUUGGGCUUCGCACACGUAGCUCGUGACAUUUUGUUGCUCGAGAACCAAAUCCCGUUUAUAGUACUCCAAGUUUUGUUGGAUUUGCGAUUCCCAGAAGAAGAUAGAGGCGAAAAGAUCUUAAAUGACUUCUUUAACUACUUGAAGUAUGGUGAAGUCUCCACGAAGGGAAAAAAGGUGCUUGGAAUGAAGAAACCUCUUCAUCUUCUCGAGCUAUACAGGUCCCAUUUCAUCUUGCUUUCCUCCUAUUUUAGUCAUGAUCCUAAUAAUUCGAUAAAAAAGAUCGAUGAUGAUGCUGAUGAAGAAUGGAAUUAUGUAAAGAGAAAUCGAUCCCUUCCAUCAAUUAUGGAACUCAAAGCUAAAGGAAUUUUCUUAAAAUGUAUUAACUUCAAGAACGAGCCUUCUACCGAAGACAUCAAGUUUCACUCGCAUUGUUACUAUGGUGAGCUUGAGCUUGUGCCUCGCGCGGUGUACUUGAAUUCAAAAGCUAUUUACUUGAACAUGAUCGCUUACGAGAUGUGCCCUCAUAAUCCGAAUGACUUUCGAGUUUCGACUUAUAUUCGAGUAAUGAAAUCACUAGUUGUUCAUUGUGAUGACGUGAAGGAGUUACGAAGCAACCACAUAUUGCUUCAUAGUCUUGGUCGAGAUGAAGAAGUGGUGAAGAUGUAUGAUGAGAUUGAGGCACCGGCGGUGAAUCUCUACAUGUUUCACCAGCUCCGGCGAGGCAUUGAGAAGCACUGUACUAACAAGUAUAAGAUGUGGGCGGCGGAGCUCAUUAACGUCCACUUUAGCAGUCCGUGGAAGACGGUGGCUUUGUUGGUGGCUACUGCUAUUUUGUUCACUAAUUUUCUGCAGACUUACUUCACCAUUCGACCACCUCCAGAUGACUCUAAUAGGGAUAUUUUCAAGCUUCUUAGACAAUGUAUACACUCUAAGCCUACCUCUGCACCUGCUUGA